AUGAAUUUCUCUGAAGUGUUUAAGCUCUCAAAUCAGCUCAGCAAAUUCUCUCCUAAUGGGAAAUUCCUGGCUUCUUGUGUCCAGUACCGUUUAGUGGUUCGAGAUGUGAGCACUCUCCAAAUCCUUCAGCUGUAUACAUGCCUAGACCAGAUCCAACACCUAGAGUGGUCCGCAGACUCUCUCUUUAUAUUGUGUGCUAUGUACAAACGAGGGCUGGUACAGGUCUGGUCCUUAGAACAGCCUGAAUGGCACUGUAAGAUAGACGAGGGUUCUGCAGGACUGGUGGCUUCAUGUUGGAGUCCAGAUGGGCGUCACAUUCUCAACACAACUGAAUUUCAUCUACGGAUAACAGUCUGGUCCUUGUGUACAAAAUCUGUAUCCUAUAUCAAAUAUCCGAAAGCCUGUCAGCAAGGAAUAAGCUUUACAAAGGAUGGCCGCUACAUGGCCUUGGCAGAAAGGCGUGACUGCAAAGAUUUUAUCAGCCUCUUUGUGUGUAGUGACUGGCAGCUCCUGAGGCAUUUUGACACAGACACCCAAGACCUUGCUGGGAUUGAAUGGGCUCCAAAUGGCUGUGUGUUGGCAGCUUGGGACAGUUGUUUGGAGUAUAAAAUGUUAUUGUAUUCCUUGGAUGGCCGGUUGUUGUCAACAUACUCUGCAUACGAGUGGUCUCUAGGUAUCAAGACCAUAGCCUGGAGUCCCAGCAGCCAGUUUUUGGCCAUUGGCAGCUUUGAUGAAAAGGUGCGGAUUCUUAACCAUGUGACUUGGAAGAUGAUUACAGACUUUGGACAUAACGCAACCAUUAAUAACCCUAAGAUAGUUGUAUAUAAGGAAACAGAAAAGUCUCAAAAUUUAGAAAUGGAGAAUCUUCCAUUCCCACCAACCAAAGCAGCAGCCAGUUCUCUUUUCAACACAGAAAGUAAAUAUGAGGUGGUCUCAACUCCAGUUUCUUUACAAACAUCAAAACCAGUCACUGAUCGACCAAAUCCCAAAAUUGGCAUAGGAAUCUUAGCAUUUAGUCCAGACAAUUGCUUCCUGGCAACAAGAAAUGAUAACAUUCCCAAUGCUGUUUGGAUCUGGGACAUACAGAAGUUGAAAUUAUUUGUGGUGUUAGAACACCUGUCAGCUGUCCGCUCAUUCCAGUGGGAUCCCCAGCAAGCCCGGCUAGCCAUGUGCACUGGGAGAAGCCAAGUGUACCUGUGGUCCCGGGCAGGCUGUGUGUCGGUGCAGGUACCAGUGGAAGGUGACUUUCAAAUACUUUCUCUGUGUUGGCACCUAAGUGGGGAAUCCAUGGCCCUCCUGAGCAAAGAUCAGUUAUGUUUAUGUUACCUGGAAAAUGAAGAAGUAAAAUAAUUACAGCCAGAAAGCCUCAAGGACUUCCUUGAGAUCUACAGUUUGAGGAGAUUCUUGAAUAAAUGCUGCUAUGUCAGAAAUCCAAUACAUAUUUGUUUUGUACUAAAAAAAAAAAAUCACUUGACAGGGGUGGGAAACGAAGGUUUGGGUGAAGUUUUCUUAAGACGUUAAUUUCCCUCCUUGAUUUUAAAUAUUUUUCUAGAGUAACGUAUCUUUGUACAUAUGUCACAUAGAAAAACUGACUUUUUUCAAUAACUUAUAAUAAAGACUUGUAAGUUCACAAAGCAAUGUGAUGUAC